AAUCGUACUUGACCAUCAGUUUUGCCUGUUGAAUCUCUAAGAGAUCAAGUCUUCGCAGAGCGAUUUUGAAAUUUUCCUGAUUGGAAUUUCGUACUUCUACUAUCGAACGUGAUCAAGAUGUCUGACGCAUUCGGAUUUAUCAAGGACUUCCUGGCUGGAGGGAUCUCUGCCGGGGUCUCCAAGACUGUGGUGGCUCCCAUUGAGAGAGUCAAGCUGCUGCUGCAGGUGCAGGCAGUGUCAAAGGACAUCCCCAAGGACAAGCAGUACAAGGGGAUCGUGGACUGCUUCUCCCGUGUGACCAAGGAGCAGGGCGUGGCAUCGCUGUGGCGCGGCAACCUGGCCAACGUCAUCCGCUACUUCCCCACCCAGGCCUUGAACUUCGCCUUCAAGGACACCUACAAGAAGGUCUUCCUGGGCGGCGUGGACAAGAAGACUCAGUUCUGGCGCUACUUUGCCGGAAACCUGGCGUCCGGCGGUGCAGCAGGGGCCACCUCCCUGUGCUUCGUCUACCCACUGGACUUCGCCCGGACCCGCCUUGCUGCUGAUGUUGGAGGCGGUGGCAAGCGCGAGUUUAACGGCCUCGCCGACUGCCUGAAGAAGAUCCACAGGGCCGACGGGAUGCAAGGGCUGUACCGCGGCUUCGGAGUGUCCGUCCAGGGCAUCAUCGUCUACCGCGCCGCCUACUUCGGCGGCUUUGACACCGCCAAGGGCAUGGUGCCGGCCGGCUACGACAACUUCUUCCUGACCUGGGCCAUCGCCCAGGGAGUGACCACCGCCUCCGGAGUCAUCUCCUACCCGUUCGACACCGUGCGGCGCCGCAUGAUGAUGCAGUCUGGCCGCAAGGAGAUCCUCUACAAGAACACCCUGGACUGCUGGAGCAAGAUCAUCAAGACCGAGGGGUCGUCCGCACUCUUCAAGGGAGCCUUCUCCAACAUCCUCCGCGGCAUGGGCGGCGCCUUCGUGCUGGUCAUGUACGACGAGAUCAAGAAGGUUUUGUAAAUACUACAACAUCCUAACGUCGGUGCAUAGUUGAGUAGUACAAAUUUUGCACUCAAUGUUUGUUAGAGAUGCACUAGACUGACCAUUUUAAAUUGUCAAUGUAGAUUAACGAUGCCGAGGAAGAGAAUGUAUAUAAUAAGUAUAAUUGUAUAGACUAUAAGUUAUUACAGAGAUGUUUAUUUUUGUACUUCUAUUUAUAGAACCAAAACGAGGAAAUGUAUAUAGUUCCUGAUGUUUAAUCCUCAAUCAAUCAAGUUAAACAUUGAUUUUUUUAUGCAACUAUGUAU